GCUGUGUAAGAGCAUGCGCACUAUCCCAAAGACAACCCUAUUUCUACUGUCAGAACAUUGAGGGGGCAUACCGACUGUCGUGUGGGCCUUGGAACAAUUUGGUGCGGUCGUAGAAUGUGAAUGGAAUGGGAUCUGGAGGGCCAAUUCCCUGAUAGGGUGGAUUAGAAUCAAUCUUUUUCUAAUGAUGCAGGGAGAGGACAGGAAAAAAAGGAAACAGAGUUUGAAUGUGCGAGGUGCAUCAGAGGAAUACUGUCUCAGAGAACGUCCAAAAGAAGAUACGACAAAGAUGAAAAAUAAAGUGACUGCUUCAAGUGCAGUUAACAGUAAGAAGAGGCCCUGGUCAUGGGAUGAAUAUUUGGAGGAGGAGAGAGCCAUAGCUGCCCCUCUGAGAUGUUUUACUGAGUACCAGUUGUUUCCUUCCAGCAGGAAUGGAUUUAAAGUGGGGAUGAGACUGGAGGGAAUUGACCCACUGCACCCCUCCAUGUUCUGCGUGCUCUCCGUGGCCGAGGUUAUUGGCUACCGAUUGCGUCUCCACAUUGAUGGUUACUCAGAGUGUUAUAACUUUUGGGUUAACGCUGACUCUCCUGAUAUCAAACCAGCUGGAUGGUGCGAAUCUACAGGUCACAAACUUCACCCACCGAAAGGUUAUAAGAUGAAUGAGUUUAACUGGGAGAAAUACUUGGAAGCUUGCAAUGCUCAGGCUGCACCAAAGAAUCUGUUCAAAUCCCAAAACAGCACCUUCACCACCUCAAAGUUCCAAGUGGGCAUGAAACUGGAGGCAGUGGACAGGAAGAACCCUUGCCUGGUGUGUGUGGCUUCGGUGGCUGAUAUUGUGGACAAUCGCUUCCUGGUUCACUUUGAUAACUGGGAUGACACCUACGACUACUGGUGUGAUGCCAGUAGCCCUCAUAUCCACCCAGUGGGCUGGUGCCAGGACCAUGGCCGACCUCUCACAGCACCUCAGGGACACCCCAAUCCAGAGCAUUUUGUAUGGGAUGAAUACUUAGAAGAUAGUGGCUCUUCUGCAGUUUCAAGCCAAGCCUUUUGUAUGAGGGCCCCUCAUGGAUUCCAGAUCAACAUGAAGUUAGAAGCAGUGGACAGGCGAAACCCAAUGCUGGUCCGUGUGGCCACAGUUGUGGACACUGAAGACUACAGAGUCAAGGUACACUUUGAUGGCUGGCACUCAAAAUUUGAUUUCUGGGUAGACUCUGACCUGCCGGAACUUCACCCUGUGGGCUGGUGUGGAAGGACAAGCCAUCCCCUCGAACCACCACCGACAUAUGCAGGGCCUUCUGACCUCAAGAGCUCCGUGACACAGGGAGUGUGUCCAACCCCAGGCUGCAGGGGAGUGGGCCACAUCAAAGGCGCAAAAUACACAGGACACCACAGUGCCUUCGGCUGUCCAUACUCAGACAUCAACAUGAAGAAGGAGGCUGUGUUGCCCGACCGGCUGGGAGGCGAGAAGCAGAUCACAUUCGUCCCUGUGCACUUUGUACAGAAAACCAAGCGGCUAUGUGCAGAGGAAGAGGAAGAAGAGGAUGAAGUGAAGGAUGAGGACAGUCAUGUUGAGAGCAGGGCAGAGCUGGCAAGCUGUGACGCGGCCCCACGGCUGCGCGGCCGGCCCCCAGGCCAUGCCAUGGUGAAGCGGGAGUACAAGGAGGAACCUGUGUCUCAGGGACAGAAAGCACUCUCUCCACUGGGGAAGAGAGGCCGGCUGCCCAGCAGGCUAGCCCAGUCACCAAAAUAUCUGCGUGUCAAAGCUGAGGAAGAGGAGAUUGAGGUGAACAGCAUGAUUGCAGAGAGAAAUGUGGACAGUCUACAGCAGGCCCUGCAUCAGUCAGUCUUCCUGUCAGCCAUGUCCGCUCACCCUGGUCGAGACCUUCCUCUGUGCUGGGAGCAGCACUGUAAGCUCCUGCCUGGGGUGGCAGGGGUGCAGGCCAGCCGUGUGGCCCACUGGACUGUGGAGGAGGUGGCUGACUUCAUUCACUCCCUGCCAGGCUGUGAGGAACAAGCGAAACAGUUUAGAGAGGAGCAAAUCGAUGGAAAGGCAUUCCUCCUGCUGACGCAGCGUGACAUUGUGAAGAUCAUGAGUGUCAAACUUGGCCCUGCCCUAAAAAUCUAUAAUUCCAUCCUCAUGUUUAAGCACGCUGAAGAUAACCAAUCAACAAGCAGCGAUACCAAUACAUGAAACCCAACCAAAUCUGACUUACCCCACCCUUUUACAAAUGUAUGUGAACAUGGAUGUCUACUGUACUGAUGCAUUCCACCCUCCCAGCUGCCCAGCCCCACCCCUUUCACUCACCUUCCUAGACACAAAGGUACUCACCCAUAAAGACUCUCUUCAGUGAGGAUUUCUUCAAACCUCUGCCUUUCAGGUUCUAGUGUCUGCCCUGCCUUGGACACAACUUUCUGAUCUGCCUUUAAACGUCUCCACACAGCGUAAAAGCAAAGGUCAACUUACCCAUGUGAUAGCAGCAAUUUUUUUUAUUCUCUCAUAUGCUGUACCCAACACACACACCCGAUCCCACCCCCCACCACCAUUUCUUUGUCCCAUACAUCAAAGCUUAAUUAACGAAAUGACAAUCAACCACACAAAGUAAGUACCAUCAUACCCAAGGCUGGCAACAGGGGUUUUCUUAGUGAAGGUGCUAUUUAUAUCAAACACAACAGACUAACAACGUGGUAAACACGUUUCAGUCUCUGGUAGUUCUGGUACAGCAUAUGAUCAUAUCUAUUGACUUUAAACCUGGGAGAGGCCCUUUGUGCUAUCUGCUCUUAUUUUAGUAUCUAUUUUGUAUAGAUGAUAUAUAUAUAUAAAAUUAUAAUUUUCUCUGUACCUGCUGAUUCAUCACCUUUAUUUAUUGUGCAACUCUAGAUAUGUUUGCACAGUUGAAGGAAAAUUAAUAUAUUGUAUAUUGUGAAUUCCUAAAUGCCAAAAGGAUUUUUUUAAGAUUUGAAAAUGUUUAUUUUUGUGAUGUAUUGCACGUGCCCGAAGACUUGGAGAGGAUAAAAAUCCAAAACUCUUGGAUGAACAUUUAAAUGAAUCAAAAUUGCUAUUUGAGUUUGAGUAAUUUAAAGUAACUUGAAUACUUUACUGAGUGUCAUUUCUGUGCUAAAUGCAUUCUUAGUCUUGUGAAAAUAGGCUUUCUAGGCUUAUCCACUGUAAUUCAGGAUAAGUAAUGUUUAUCAGGAUCAGUAAUUCUUAUGAGAAGCUUCAUAAGUUUGUUAUGCAUUCAUGAGAAAUCACAAUUCCCAGGCUACCUUCACACUGCUCGAUCAGGGGGAUUUUCUGGUAACUAAUUAAAGGCUUCUCAUAAUGCUCACCCUAGAAAAUAUCUAUAUUUGCUAUACAUUUUUGAAUUUACAAAUUGAGGAUGUCAUGUAUCCUUGUCAGCUCAGAUGUGUUUGCUAAAAUUAGCCAUAUGUCAACAAAACUUUAGCAGUGUAAAUCUAUUGUCUUUUUCCUGCUUUCAUGUUGUUUUCAUGUUUUUUUCUUUUGCUUUGGGCCAUCUCAAUCCCAAAAUGAAGAGCACCAGGUAAUUUGUUACUAUACAUUUUCUCAAGACUGCUGUUAAAUGCAUGGUGCAAUACUACAAUAAGCUGGUUCCACCGCCAGUCUCCGUUUCCAAAUGUCAUCAUGGAUUAACUUCGAAAUGUACUGUAAAUAUUUGUUAAUCCCAUUUCUUACACUGAAUUUACACUUUGUACAAGAAGAGACAGUCACAAGCUCACAAUGCAAAUAAAGAGUGCAGAUUCCA